GCUGCCGCUUCCAUUAGGUGCAGGAUGGCCGCCGUCAUCGAUAGUGUUCGCGUCUAUCAGCCUUUCUGGUGGUGUAUGCGUUUGAUGGCACCCACAUUCUUCGGGGCCACGCAGCGACCUGUCCAGAUCUACGUGGGGCUGCUGCAUCUGCUCGUGACGUUCCUGUUUCCGGUGCAUCUGCUGGUCAAUCUGGCUAUGCAGCCCACCUCCGCUGAGCUCUUCCAGAACCUCUCCAUUUCGAUGACUUGCGCGGCCUGCAGCCUCAAGCAUGUGGCCCAUCUGUACCAUCUGCAGGAGAUUGCGGAAAUCCAGAAGCUGCUCAUCGAAUUGGACGGAUACGUGGACAGCGAGGAGGAGCAUCGCUACUACGUGGAUCACUUGCAGUGCCAGGCGCGACGGUUCACGCGGUGUCUGUACGCCAGCUUUGUCGUCAUCUACGUCUUGUUUCUGCUCAACCUGAUGAUUCUGAUUGCCUCCGAGGAUCGGAUGCUGGUGUAUCCCGCUUAUUUCCCGUUCGACUGGCAGGGGAACGGAUAUCUGUAUGCCAUCGCCCUUGGAUAUCAGAGCAUCUGCCUAGUGCUGGAGGGCAUUCAGGGUGUAUCCAAUGACACCUUUAGUCCACUGACGCUAUGCUUUUUGGGCGGUCACAUCCAUAUGUGGGGCCUGCGGAUGCGAAAACUGGGAUACGAAGAGGAGGACGAGGAGUCUCCUAGUGUUAAUCAUCAUCAGCAGCUCUGGAACUAUAUAGAACAGCACAAAAUACUAAUGAGGCUCCAUCGUCUAACGCGACACACUGUGAGUCUCGCCCAGCUCGUUCAAUUGGGUUGCUCUGGGGCCAGUCUCUGCAUCAUUGUGUGCUAUUUGCUGUUCUUCGUCAGGGACAUCAUCACACUGCUCUACUACAUGAUAUUCAUUGCCGUGAUCUGCGUUCAGCUGUUUCCCGCCUGCUACUUCGCCAGCGUGGUCGCCGAAGAGAUGCAAAGUUUUCCCUAUGCCAUAUUCUCCAGCAAAUGGUAUGAGGAGUCGCGGGAGCAUCGCCGUGACCUGCUCAUCUUCACGCAGCUCACGCUGGUCGGCCGGAGUCGUGUGAUUAAGGCUGGGGGUCUCAUUGAACUCAAUUUGAAUGCCUUCUUCGUCACCCUCAAGACGGCCUACUCCCUCUUCGCGCUCGUCGUUCAGGUGAAAGAUAUCUAGAGUCCAGAGUCUGCCAGUAAUUGAUUUUGUUCUCCUCGUUCCAAUGAGAUUUUCAUUAAUUUCCACAGUCGCAGAUUUUCCGC